CUCAGCAAACAAAAGGGUUUUCUACCAACACUACUGCCGACACAAACCCGAGACCCGAACUGAUGGUACUGUUCAUGAGGUCGACUGAGACAACGGACCCCUCGAAGAAUGCGAAACACAUACUGGACAACCAAUACGUGUGCAAUGAGACUGAGUGUGACUUUAAGACCACAGUUAAAGAGAGGUUUCAUAACCAUCUGCGAAGACAUCGGAUGCCAGGAAUGACUCCCAAAUACUUCCGCCGAUACGAGCGAUGGGACGACGCGGUGAUGCCUUUGUUGGACCGCAAGACUAGAAUCUAUACAUGCGAUCGACCCGAUUGUGGCCACACGUCUAGAAGUGUGGAGAAGUUUUACAAACAUCUCGUGAGUCAUGGAAUGACUGUCGGCCACAAAGAACCCAAAGCGAAACCUAUGAGAAACUUUUAUUCAGGAAUGGAUAGUUUGAUACUCCCGGAGCACAUACUGGACAACCAAUACGUGUGCAAUGAAACUGAGUGUGGUUUUAAGACUGAAAAUAAGGAGAGAUUCUAUAAUCAUCUGCGAAGACAUCCAUUGAAGGACACCAAUCCGCAGAACUUUCGCAAAUGGGAAAGAAUAGACGAUUUAGUGAUGCCUUUGUUUGACCGCAAGACCAGAAUCUAUGCGUGCGAUCGACCCGAUUGUCACUAUAGAUCAACAAAUAAAAAACUUAUUUACAAACAUAUUGCCGAUCAUAACAGCGUUGAAUUUGAUAUCACCGAAGGACCAGAUUUGAUACGACCCGAGCAUAGAGUGGACGAUCAAUACGUGUGCGACAAAACUGAGUGCAAAUUCCAGACACCCGAUAGGCAGCGGUUCUCUAAUCACCUGCAAAGACAUGCCAAGCCGGGUCUGUCGAGUGAUAGGUUUGACCAAUUGGAGCGAAUUGACGACUUAACGCUCCCGCUGUGGGACCCGACGGUCGGCGCCUAUGUCUGCGAUCACCAGAAUUGUUGUUUUCGGUCGGAGUCAAAGACAAUGUUUUACAAACACGUGAUUAAACACUCGCCCCCAGCCGUGACUCUGUUUGUGUGCGAUUGGUUGGACUGCAAGUUCACCGCAAAGCAACAGAGUCUGCUUAAAGUCCAUCACGACUGCAUUCAUUUGGGUCUCAAGCGAUUGGCGUGCGAUUGGCCCGAAUGUGAGUAUCGGGCGCACCGUCACGAGCACAUGAGGAAACACAGGCUCAUGCAUACCGAUGAGAGGCCCGAGGCGUGCACGUGGCCCGGCUGUGAGUUCAGGACCAACACCACGGGUACCCUUAAGUGUCAUAUGCGCACACAUACCGGUGAAAAGCGAUUUGUCUGCGUGUUUCCCGAAUGCGGUUUCCGCGCCACUCAGUCCUGGGUUCUGACAACUCAUGAAUGCAUACACACCGGCGAAAAGCCAUACGUUUGCCCCGAAAAAGGCUGUGGAUUUACGUCGGCGUCCAGUCUAUACCUUCACCGCAAGCGAUGUCACGGCUCUGUUGAACGCGUUUGGACGGCGAAGAGGGGACGCAAAAAAGAGAUGUUAGAAAUGAGAGACCAAAUCAAGAAAUUGAGUGAUUAUGUGAAGACAUCGGAUCUAAUGCUCGAAGAGAUGUCAAAAAUGAACGAAACUCUUGUGAAUAUCAUUGAAGACCGUCGAGUCAACGGAUCCAACAGUAAAACACUUUAUAAACUCUACGCAGAGUUUUCAGAACUCGAAGAAUCGGUUGACCGACAAAAAGACAAUUUACUCGCAGUCAAGAAGUCGUUGAAUGCAAACAAUAGACACAAUGUUAUGGAUUUGAUCCACAGUUGGAGACGAGUGACCGAAACGCGGGACCAAUUCAUUCAAACACAUGAUGUGAUUGUAAACAAUAUGAGUGAAGACUUACCAAAUAGCGAACCAAUUCGUGGGACAAUUAGUGACACCAUUGCUGUUAAAUACGACAACAAUGCCGUAGACAUCAAUCUCUCUGAUGAUGACUAUCAACCGGUGGACGAAGACAUGAAAACAACGCGUCACCAAUUUGUUCAAACUCACGACACGAUUGUGGACAACCUCUUUGAAGUCAUACCACAGAUUGAAUCAAAUGAGACAAUACAUAAAGCCGUCGAUGAAAAUGUUAACGAAUCUAAUGAUAACUUCUCUGAUGAUGACUAUCAACCUGUAGACGAAGACAUGGAACAAAUGGAUGAUAGGAGUAGUGGUGUGAGUGAUAGCGUAGGCGAGUAUAUGGCAGAAGUGAACCGCAUUUGUGACAGCGAUAGUGAAUAUGAAGUGAAACGCAAACGAAAAUCUCCGAAGAAGUUCAAGAAAUCCAAGAGAAUUGCAAAAUGCUUUGAUAUCACAGAAGCAGAUAUGGAUCAAGGGACACAAAAGUGUGUGACUGAAGUGAAGGAACUGGUCUCCAAUCCAAUGGACAAACUUUGUAAAAGCCGAAUGAAAACUGUGAGAAACCUUUACUCAGAAAUGGAUUUAUUGAUACUCCCGGAGCACAUACUGGACAACCAAUACGUGUGCAAUGAUAUCAUGUGUCACUUUAAGACCGAAGAUAAGGAGAGAUUCUAUAAUCAUCUGCGAAGACAUCCAUCGAAGGACAGCAAUCCGCAGCACUUUCGCCAAAUGGAGAGAAGAGACGAUUUAUUGAUGCUUUUGUUGGACCGCAAGACUAGGAUCUAUGCGUGCGAUCGAUCUGAUUGUGGCUAUAGAUCAACAAAUAAAAAGGUUAUUCACAAACAUAUCAUCGCUCACAACGGCGCUGAAGCGGUCGCCACCGAAGUGACCGUAGAGUUGGCCCGAAAACGCGCAGCACAGGCAAGAAAAAUGGAGCUCCGGAACGAACGGAUCGGCAAAUACAAAGUGGACGACCAGUACGUGUGCGAUGAGAUUGACUGCAACUUCAAGGCUGUGGGCAAAAAGACAUUUCACGAACACUGGUUAAUGCAUAACCCGCUAAGCGUUCGCCGCCGCCGGUCGGCCGCCCCCGGGAUUGAUAGGACUCUUGAGCGGAAACGCGACCGAUUGGUCGCCACCGAUGUGACCGUACAGUUGGCCCAAAAACGCAGGCACUCGCGCCAGAACUAUGAACUUAUGAAUAAACGUGUUGCCAAAUACAAAGUAGACGACCAGUACGUGUGCGAUGAGAUUGACUGCAACUUUAAAUCUUUGAACAAAAAGACCUUUCAUAAUCAUUGGCUGAUGCAUAACCCGAACCCAAAAACCGUCCGCCGCCGCCGCCGGUCAGCCGCCCCCGGGAUUGAUUGGACUCUUGAGCGGCCGUUUGUGUGCGAUUGGUUGGAUUGCGGGUUCGCCACAAACAGCCGUAAGAACCUCAAUCGCCACGCAGACAGUCAUAGGGGUAUCAAACGAUUGGCGUGCGAUUGGCCCGGAUGUGACUUCAGGUGCAAUCGCAACGAUCAUAUGAAAGCCCAUCGGGGCGUUCAUACCCAAGAGAGGCCCCAGGCGUGCACGUGGCCCGGCUGUGAGUACAGGGCCAACACUAAGGGCACGCUUAGGUGCAAUCGCAACGAUCAUAUGAAAGCCCAUCGGGGCGUUCAUACCCAAGAGAGGCCCCAGGCGUGCACGUGGCCCGGCUGUGAGUACAGGGCCAACACUAAGGGCACGCUUAGGUGUCAUAUGCGCACACAUACCGGUGAAAAGCCAUUUGUGUGCGCGUUUCCCGAAUGCGGUUUCCGGGCCACUCAGGCAUGGGUUGUGACUACCCAUCAACGCAUGCAUACCGGCGAAAAGCCAUACGUUUGCCCCGAAAAAGGUCUAGUUGUAUUAAUGUUNGCGUUUCCCGAAUGCGGUUUCCGGGCCACUCAGGCAUGGGUUGUGACUACCCAUCAACGCAUGCAUACCGGCGAAAAGCCAUACGUUUGCCCCGAAAAAGGCUGUGGGUUUACGUCGGCGUCCAGUCUAUACCUUCACCGCAAGCGAUGUCACGGCUCUGUUGAACGCGUUUGGACGGCGAAGAGGGGACGCAAACCUAAGCAUUCGCCACGAGUGGACACUCAACCCAACUAUUCAUCUAAUAAUGUGAUCGUUGAAGAGAGUGUGAACAGUGAAGUGAUCACAAAUCUGAUUAUAAAU